GCAUCGCAACCUGCGAUGUGCUUAUAUAAACAGUAUCAAGUUGAUUACAACAUUGAUUAUCAUUUAAGGCAGAUGGGAUUAAGAUUCGAAAAAUCUUGCAAAUUAUUGGCUAAUAUUCUAAACUCAACAGGCAUGACUGUUAGUUCAGAUGAGAUCAGACUUUUACGAGAAAAAUAUCGAUCUGAUUUUACAGACAUUGCUUUGAUGCCAGGCACUGAAGAACUGGUCGA